AUGGAUGGAGCAGACAAAUCAGCACAAGCCGCUGCUUUCAUGAACAAGUACAAAACUCAGUACCAGGUUUACCUCGAUAAGGUCACACCUCAUUUGAAGUAUAGAUGGGGCGCUCUUGGAGGCAUGUUAGUGCUCUUCUUCCUUCGCGUCAUAUAUGGAGAAGGAUGGUACGUUGUAUGCUAUGGGCUAUCUAUUUAUCUUCUCAACCAAUUUUUAGCCUUCUUAACACCCAAAUUUGAUGUCUCGCUGCAGCAAGAUGAGGAAAACAAUGAAUUAGAGGCUGGCGAGAGAGCUGACGAGUUCAGGCCCUUCAUAAGAAGAUUGCCUGAGUUUAAAUUCUGGCAUAACUCCGUAAGGGCUGUCUGUCUUUGUUCAGUCCUAACGUUGUUCCGCGUUUUUGAUAUCCCAGUUUUUUGGCCUAUUUUGGUUGUAUAUUUUGUCUUGUUAUUUGCGCUAACCAUGAGGCGGCAGAUUCAACACAUGAUUAAGUAUAGGUACAUCCCAUUGGACAUUGGCAAGAAGAGAUACCGCUCUAGAGACUGA